UCAACCUAACGCCAUUUUAAGCCGUGAGCAGCACUGAAAGUUCAUUUGGAUUUGCGUGGUGGAUUCGGUUACCUCUUCCUGAUCACAUCUUUGAACAGUAUUUUUCCAUUUGCGGUAUAUUGUUGCAAGUGCUGAUAUUGUGCUCAGCAUGGCUGUGGUCAUCCGUUUACAGGGCCUUAAAAUCACUGCAGGGUCUGAGGAUAUACGCAGUUUCUUCACCGGACUGACAAUACCUGAUGGUGGGGUACAUAUAAUUGGUGGGGAGCUUGAAGAAGCUUUCAUUAUUUUUGCCACUGAUGAAGAUGCAAGGCGUGCUAUGACACGAUCAGAAGGGUGCAUUAAAGGCUCUCCAGUCCGUCUGUUGCUGAGCAGUAAGACUGACAUGCAAAACACUCUUGAGGCAAGCCGAAAAAAAUCUGGAAGUACUGAUAGGGAGAUUACAGACAAAAGACCAGCAUUCAGAAGGUCUGAAACAAGGAACCUGCCUACAACCUUUGGAAAGGAUCUCGUUGCAGAAAUUCGAAGAAUGAAACAUUCAAAAUUGACGUCUGGCUUGCAGGGUUCUGGAUAUGUGGAUAUUGACCAUGAUGAUAAUCUUUUAACUAGUAAGUUGAAUUGUGAUGGCUAUUAUUUGCAUUUGCGUGGAAUGCCAUUUUAUGUCACAGAAGGUGAUGUUCGAAUGUUUUUCAAAGGAUUGGCUAUAGAUGAAAUUAUCUUGCUGAAAAAUAGACGAGGCCAAAAUAAUGGAGAAGGCAUGGUUAAGUUUGCAACUCCGCAGGAUGCACGUGAGGGACUUAAACACGACAGGGCAUAUAUCGGAACUAGAUUUGUGGAAGUGAAUGCCUCUACAGAGAAGGAAUGGAUUGCUGCAGGGGGUUACAUAGGGCCACAUGAAGAGGCUCUCUAUGAUGGCUCCAGAGACCUGUCGCCAGUAUAUGUGAGAAGCUAUUGUAAGGAGCGUUCAAGGUCACGGUCACCAAUAAGAAAACGGCCUAGUGAGGAGGAGCAUUGCGUCCUGGUGGAAAACCUGUCUCAUUCUAAUGACAAAAGGGAUAUAAAGAAAUUCUUCCGACCCGCAGUCUUGGCUGAUGACCAGAUUUUGUGGUUACAUGACAAGUAUGGUGGCAGGACCAGAGAGGCUUUUGUUUUAUUUAAGAAGUUAAAGGACUAUAGCAGUGCAUUAGACCGCAAAAAGGGUAGGCUUGGGGACCGCACAAUAUACAUAUCUCCCAUUUCAAAGAAGAAAAUGGUGGAAAUGAUUGAAUCUGAGAAGCAGAAGCUAGAAGUGUACCAUGAAAGAUCUGUGAAAUUGCAGGGAAAAAAACAGCAUUCAUCAAGUGACGACUAUGCAUCCCCAAGAACAUGCAUCUAUGUGCGAAACCUUCCAUUUGAUGUCCAAAAGGAGGAGUUGAGGAAUUUUUUUGCUGGAUUUUGGCUAACUGAGGAUUGCAUUCAUUUGCUGUAUGAUGACAAAGGUGUUGGGCUUGGGGAGGCAUUGGUGAAGUUCAAGUCUGAGAACUGGGCAAUAAACGCAGAGCGUUUGAAUAGGAGACAGUUUCUAGGACAUGAGGUGUUGCUGAGGCGUAUUACAAGGGAACAAAUGCAAGAAUUUGGAGUUGCAGACCAUUUGGUAAAGGAAGAAGACCCAAGAGAGAAUUUUUCUCCACGGUACAGUAGAAGUAAUGAGAAGUCCUUUUUCCCGGAUGAAGGAGAAGUUUCAGCGCCUGCAUUAAGUGUUCACUCAAAAACAGUAACACCCCCCAUGCAGGACUUCAUGUUUGGUCGUAAUACUGGUAACAAUGGAUUGUAUCAAGCAGUGGAUAAUACUGGUGGUUUCUGGGAUGGAGGGCAAGGAACUGUGCUCCAUGUAAAUGGAUCAAGUGGCUUUGCAGAAUGUGAGGGUCCCACUUGUGUCAAACUGAUGAACUUGCCAUACCAAAUAAAUCUCAACGAAAUCUAUGACUUCUGUUAUGGCUACCGUAUAAUUCCAGGCUCUGUCUCAUUGCAGUUCAACAAGAAGGGUUUGCCAAAAGGUACUGCAACAGUUGUCUUUGAAACACAUGAGGAAGCACAAUCUGCUGUGAAGGAACUGAAUGGCAGACCAAUUGGUACUCGAAAAAUCAGUUUGGAUUUCCUUUAGACUAAUGUGGGGUUGAGUGACUAUAGGAUCAGUGCAAAUAAAAUAUUGACAUUUUAUGUAAUUGCUAACAAAUGACUGAACAGCAUCUCAUUGUGAGUUUAAAAGAGAGCUACAUAAAUGAAAGUUGUGUAGAGUAUUACAUUGGUUUAAUCGUCUGUAAUUGAAGUGGCUGUUUGGAAUCUGAACUUGGUUGAUUAUGUGCAAAGUUGACAUUGAUGGAUAAAGUGGAAUUUGUAUCCUAACUUCUUUAUUUUUGAGUUUUAAACAUCUGCAGCUGUGACUAAAUGUAAGACUGCUUUUCAAUUGCAUCUGCAACAUCAGUAUUUCUGCCUACGAGUUGAUACACCCAGAACUAAUUUGAUUUUUUUUUUAUUGCUUUUUAGUAUUUUUUUUUUUUUUUAUCCGAGCCAAACACUACUUCUGUAUCGAUUUAAAUAUUUAAUGUGCAUCACUCUUGUGUUCUAAGGGGGGAAAAAAAGGGGGGGAAACAAACAAAAAAAAAUUGUUCCUUUUACUUUUGUAUAUUAGGUACUCGGCCUUGGUGUUCAAUAAAUGUUCUGUAAUUCUAG